UUUAAGUGUUCAUUCCACCGUGCUUCACGCUGGUCCCUCUCCAGUCAACCUAGGCUAGCCCAGCAUCACCGCCUUCUUUUUCUACCCCUUCUGUAAUUUCUGUCCCACUGUAAAUUUUUCCGUCGUUUUCCGACAUCUCACGAACGCUGCCAGGUGCACUACGCACAUUUCUCUUUUUCUAUUAUUUUUUUCCGACCAGAAAGCGUUUUGGUAGCUGCUUAGACAUCGUGCCGCAUCAGCCGGGCGAGAAAAACAUCCAUCCACGACGACGAGGAGGCAGGCAGCGACCUCAGCAACGCCCAUUUUGACACAUACUGUCUGACACACACUAUACCCGCCGAGACGUUUUAGUAUCUUUUCUAUGUCUGCCUGUUUAUAUCUAAGAGGGCUUUUGUCGCUUGUAGACUGCACUGUCGUCCCGUUGCCCUGUAUGUUCCCACCUCCUCUUUAGCAUCUUCGAGUAGCAGCAAAAUACCAACAGGGGCUGAGGUGCUGGAGAGCUCCAUGCCCCUUUGCCUGCACUUCGGUUUGAUCACAGUUCUGCAGACUGCAUCAGUGGCCUUAACCCCCCACAUCUUCCUGUGCUUCUCCUCCCCGUCCUCCGGCGUUCCCCUCCUCUCCGUCUGAGCACUCAGCUCCUCAUUCUCCUCCCGAUCUCCCGCCAUCGCGUCCAGCUGUGGCCCUCACAGGGCGCGCUCGCUGGCUCUCACCUGACAGGUCCCUGGCCUCAGGACGACAGCCAGCCCCAACAAUCUCCCUACAUGAGGGACAAAGCGACACAGACCCCCAGGGCCUGGGCAGAUGAGAGGAGGAGGGGCUCUCACAAACGCUCGGCCUCCUGUGGGAGCACCGACCAGCUAAAGGAGAUCGCCAAAUUGCGUCAGCAGCUUCAGCGCAGCAAACGCAGCAGCCGCCAUCGGAGGGAUAAAGACCGAAAGUCUCCGUUCAAUGGCAGCCAUGCCAUCAUCCAGUCGCAGUCACCUAUGCCCAAGACCAUCCUGAUACCUAUCCCUAUAUCCAAGUCAUCGGCCCCUCGUUUCCGCAACAGCGUGGAGGGCCUCAACCAGGAGAUUGAACGUAUCAUCAUCCGAGACACCCCGGAGAAGGAGGAGACCAUCGUUGAUGUCCCAGAUGGGCACCGUGCACCCCCACCCGUACCCCCACGGCGCAGCAGUAGCACACGCAGCAUUGACACACAGACCCCCUCAGGGGGCGGCCUGAGUGGGAACCAUAGCAACUGCAGCAGCCGUCCCGACUCCAUCUCGCCCUCCUACCUCACCGUCCUCAAUGACACGGUCGGAGGCAGCCCCUAUGAGGACAAAGUCUCCCCUCUCUGCCUGUCAUUAGAGCUGGGCCCCUGCUCCCCGCUGCCAAAAUACGCUGCCUCUCCCAGACCCAACAACAGCUACAUGUUCAAGAGAGAACCUCCAGAGGGCUGCGAGAAAGUCAAAGUGUCUGAGGAGACCAUGCCCAAACCUCUGCAGGACCUCCCUCCCUUUUUGUGUCCCGACCGCAACAAGGUCAACUUCAUCCCUAACAGCGGCUCUGCCUUCUGCCUCGUCAGCAUCCUCAAGCCCUUACUCCCAGCCCCGGACCUCAACUUUCGCUCUGGGGUGGGCCUCCGAAGCCUGUCCCCGUCCCUCGUGCCUCUGUCCACCCAGCCCUGCCUCCUGGAAGAGCCCGAGAGCUUCUGACGGCCCACCAAGGCUUUAAGUCACCACAGCCCCCAAAAGAACCCCCCCACAAAAUCAGAAAACAUUUAAUAGGAAACAGCCCUUCUGCUCCAAAAAAAAUGCCUUCAGCAUGCCAGCUAAGCUCUCUCUGAUGUCCUUAUCUUGUUGAAAAAGCGCUUCCCACUGCCUCUCCUCCUCAGACUACAACAACGUGAGAGUCCUGCAGCCCUGUGUGGGUACUUUGCAGCUAACAUUUCAUCGCUUUCUUCUACCUUUAGUGCUGGUUAUGUUCCUGUUUUUUGGGAGGAAAAGGGCAAAAGGACCAACUCUUUUAUUUCAUCGUACUAUACCAUGGCGCCUUUCCACGGACAUAUCUCUUUUUCUAUCUGUAGUUAUUUCUCUUGAUAUAAAAUAUGCCUUCCAUUAUAAAAAAAAACCAAUAAAAAAAAGGCCGCUGGUUUUCUUGGCGACCAAGAGUUUGACAACAAAGGCUAAUUUUGGUGCUACCAUAUAUAUAUCGUAG